AUGUACCAAAAGGAGGACUCAAUUAGGGAGUAAUUGUACCUUUAAUAUUCUAAUGCCCUGGAGAUUGUGAAUGUAAAUCUAGUAAACCAAAAACUUGGUAUCAUGCAAAAUGUGGAGAUCCUUCAUUCAUCACUGAAUUUGGUGAUAUUCUCUGAAAAAAUCACUUAAAGGAAUGUUCAGGAUAUUUUUUUUAAAGAUGCCUUCUUUUAAUGCUAAAUGGCAAAUAAAUCUAACACCUGGUAUUAGUAUAAAUCUCAGUCAUAUUUUUUGUUGGCACUAUCAUUUGUUAUAAAUGCUGCAGAAUUUAUUCUUGAAAACAAUGAUUUAAAUAAUUUUAUUAACCAAAUACUUAAAUAAGUACAUAAGAGAUGGCAUAAUUGA